AUGUCGCCCACACGCGCGCGCAUGGCGGACGCCGCCUGGCUCACGGCUAUCAACAUGCUGGGCAUUGUGCUAACCAUGGCCCAACUACCCCUCGUCGCACUCGUCUCGUUCAGUGGUCGUCAUCCCUCUCGCCCCAAUACACUGCUCAAGCACGCGACGCAGCUCAUGUGGGACGCGCACGACUGGCUCGAGCAUGCCGAGCUGCACCCGCCCUCCAUCUGGCACUGA